GCUUUAUCGACGUUGUGCCGGUUGCAGAAACCUAUUUUUAGUUCUAAGCCGACCCGCCAGAUAACUUUUCUUGGACUUGUGAAACUUCAAAUUUGUUAUUGGUUAUCGUGUCGUAUGCACAAACGACGAUUGUUGAAUAACAUCUUUCCUAUUUUUAAUCAAAAUCAUACAAAUACUCUAUUACUUUAAAAGAUGAAACUUACUACACCUGCUUUCCAGUCUUUGGUACUGUCACAACUUCCAAUUCACAGUGAUUUCCUAUCAUUCAUCAGAAAGAAAGAAUGUCUAUUUGUUUUCAAAGACAAAGUGGUUCCAGUCCAAAAAGAAGUUCAAUCACCCAAGAUACAGCCAAUAAUUGAGCCGGAAGUGGAAGUAAAAUCUUUGCAAGAACAGAUGGACAUGGCAGGAACCCCACUAGAGUGCCCAUUUGAUUUAGAUGUCUUGAAAAUUCAAGAUGAAGAUUUUUAUUCUAAAGAAUCCAUGGACUCUCACCAUAAAUCAGAACUAAAAUCCUGUCGCUACAAACCCUUUUCGUCGUUUGAAGCUAGAGGAAUUUUAUCAAACUUCAUCCUUGAUACAUCACUCCAGUCUGCUUUACCGGUAUUCUGUUUGUGUGAUGCAGAAGACGGAGAAAGAACCUCCAUCCUUGGGAUUGAAAAAGGGAAGAACAACGAGUUGACUCAUUACAAGAUUACAGUUGCUGGUCCCAUUACGGCAACACACACCAACAUUCAAUUCGACCACUUGAAAUCUGAAAUGGCCUUCAUGACACAAGUUGGAGAGUUUUCGACGCGAGCAUUUGCUGUUUACGAAGCCUAUCGUGGAAUCAAUUUCAAUGCCGAGCCAGAUGUUAGUGUAGCAUACGUUAGGCUGGAAUGCAGUUGGAUGAAACCAUCAAAAGUUCUUGAAUUUCCUCACAUUGCCUCACAGGCUAAAGUGAUCGUCCGUCCAUUACCCGGUGAAACCUGUAGCGGAGCCUACGAAAUCUGGAGGCAAUUAAACACGCUUCAACAUUUGAUCAAAGGACUGGAAUCGCUCGAAAUUGUUUGGUUCGUCAAAACGUCACAGAAAACGUUGAGGGAAGAAAUCGACAAAUUGAUUUCGGCCUUUUGCAAAGACGAGACCGAUCAACUGAAAGGAAAAAUGGACUACGAGGAGCUUUACGACGAACAACAAUUGAUUUACAAGCGCACGCCGAUGGAUUUUAUCGACCACCUGUGGGAAUUGCUAUCACAGAACUGCAGCAGUUUCAGCGAAUUAUCCCAGAGUUUACAGUACACGUUACAACGAGCCAAAUCGGAUCACCCAAUGGUGUUUUUCGACAAUCCGACCCGAUUCGGUAAAAUGUUGCGCCAGAACGAUGCGCUUCCGCAGUUUACAGGCAUGGAGCCCGUGUCUCUCCUCAUUGAAAUGGGGAUUGAAAAACUGAAGCGCGACUACCUGUACAUCUUUAGCGGCAACAACUUGGUGGCCGAGCGUGUGAUCUCCAUGUUUCUGCCGCAAGAUGGCACUGCCUUUGGCGAGCAACUCAACUGUUUAACGUCGAUCCAAUCUGCCGUCGAGGUCGUUUGCUUGUGCCAUCGAGUCCUCCAACUUCCUCAUUUGGCCCUGCGCGAUGUCAUCACCCCUUUGCUGGAACACUAUCGCAACCCUGAUAACCUCGGAAAAGAAUUCUCCUUCCAGCUGGGCGUUUGCCUCCUGAAGGGCUUCUUUCAACAUCAAGAGAGCGGCUCUUCGGUGGAGAAAUGGCGAGUGGAAUUCACCUCGACGACUGAUUGCCAUCCGGUUAAAUUGGCUUGUCAACUGACGGCCAACAACCUCCUCGACGCUUCCUCGGCAGGUGACGAGGAAGCGGUCGGCGAGCGGCUCUACAGUGUCGAGCGCUAUCUCACCAAAACUCAACAGCUCCUCUAAAAGGUGAUGAAUGGAGCCAGCAGCAGCUCCGCCAUCUCUUCAACGUUAUUUUUCAUGCGUUACUAAAUUGAUUGUGGAUGAAAAAGGGAAAAAAAAAGAGUUGGGAAUAUACAAACGCUUGCCAUCUUU